AUGUUUAGGAAUAAGAAGAAGUCUCAAGAAAGACAAAAAGGUGGCCCGAGUGAAUUUAGGAGAAAAUCUAAAUCCGUGAGAUGCCAUAACUAUCGGGGUUUCGGUCAUGUGAGGAAUGAGUGCCCUAAUGCUAGGAGAGUUGAAGAGAAGGCAAUGAAUACUACUUUAACCAAUGACGAGCCUAGCUCGGACAAUCAGAGUGAGAAAUCCACAUGUGAGGAGAAUGGAAAAUAUGUGACCUUCGUUGCUAGGGUUAAGAGUGGAUCCGAACAGGAGAGUGAUAGGGAAUGGGACUUAGAUAGUAGUGAAGAAUCUGGUGAUGAGAGUGGAAGUGAGCAAGAUCUAGAAACAGCCUAUGAUAGGAUGUAUGAGGAAAGCCUCAAGAUCUUAGCCACUAACCAGGUAAUGAGCAAGAAAGUAAAGGAGCUUAGACUAGAGAAGGAACAGUUACAGGCCCGGGUUAGUGAUCUCACCGGUAAGAAUGAGAUGUCCUCUAAGAGAAGUGAGCUAGAGUUGUCUAGGUCUCAGUUACUUGCCUUUUCUAGUAGUUCUGAAAAGCCAAAUAAUAUUCUAGGUAUAGGCAAGCCGACUGGUUAUACGGGAGGUCUAGGUUUUGAUCUGAAUAUUGCUAGUACAUCACAGACCACCUUUGUUCGUGCUACUGACCAGCCAAACAUUGUGACUAACCCCAUACCAAAUAUUGUGGGAUCUUCAGGAUGUAGGUCUACCAGACGUCAUAGGACCCGUCGGCCUAGAAAUAGAAAUCAGCGUAAGCAUAUCAUAGGUCCUAGGUCUGUCCCUACAUAUUUUCACGGUGGGGAGUUAGGUCACAUCCGCCCUAGAUGUCAUCAAUACCUGAACAAGAGUAAAAACUUGAGCCUGAAAAAGAAUAAAAAUCAGGUGUCUGUUGGUCAGAUUGGAUUCCUUGCUAAUCAAGUGAAUCGUUUGACUCAAUUGGUGACACAGUUGUCUGGAAACAAUCUCCGUUCUAGACAGGUUUGGGUGAAGAAAAUCGAUCUCCCAAAUUUGGUUAGAGGUCGCGGUGCUCUUAAAGGAAAGAGCAUUUAUAUACCUACUUGA